AUGGAAGAAGAUGAACUCUGCUUCCCACAGCUCCUCAACACCUCCUGCAAGAAGCCAAAGCCUCCUCACUCUGAGACUGUGUUCAUUUACAUCCUGCUGUUCUUCAUCUCUGUGCUCACUGCUGCUCUCAACCUGCUGGUCAUCAUCUCCAUCUCCCACUACAGGCAGCUCCACUCCCCCACCAAUCUCCUCCUCCUCUCUCUGGCGGUCUCAGACUUCUUUGUGGGUUUCCUGCAGCUGCCAGCUGAAAUGCUGAUCUACCAUGGCUGCUGGCUCCUGGGUGACUUUGCGUGUGCUCUGAAUGUUGCUUUAGGUUUUAUACUGAAUUCUGUUUCUGUGGGAAACAUGGUGCUCAUGUCAGUCGACCGCUACGUGGCGAUCUGUGAGCCAAUGUACUACCCCAUCAGGGUGACAGCUCGUGCCAUGCGCUCUCAUGUUGCAGUCGUCAAACUCCAGUGUUCAGUGACUGUAACCUCCAAGAAGUCUGAGCUGAAAGCCGCCAGAAAUCUUGGCGUCCUUGUUGUUGUGUUUCUCCUGUGCUUCUCUCCAUAUUACUGCUUCAGUGUUGCAGCUGAGAACAGCUGGAUCAGCGCCUUUCAGAUCUGUCUGCUGUAUUUUAACUCCUGUCUGAACCCUGUCAUCUACGCCUUCUUCUACCCCUGGUUUAGAAAAGCUGUAAAACACAUUGUCACUCUUCAGAUCCUACAGCCUGGCUCCUCUGAGGCAAACGUACUGUAG